AUACAAAAAGUGCAGAUUGGCUCGUAUCUGAUUGACGUAUGGUACCUUGCGCCGUACCCAGAAGAAUACAGCCACUUGGAAGUGCUAUACAUUUGUGAGUUCUGCUUGCGUUACAUGAAAAGUGCAUUUGUGGCAAAGCGACACAAAGCAAAAUGCCCAAUGAAGCAUCCACCAGGAGACGAAAUAUAUCGCGACGGCAUGCUUUCUGUAUUCGAAGUGGACGGACGCAAAAACAAAACUUACUGUCAAAACCUGUGUCUAUUAGCCAAAAUGUUUUUGGAUCACAAGACUUUGUACUACGACGUCGAGCCAUUUCUGUUUUAUAUCUUGACAGAGAUGGAUUCCCAAGGCUGCCAUUUUGUCGGCUACUUUUCAAAGGCAUGUCGACCUUCAAGACACAGAAUGGACCGAAGAUCGCUACUGGAUUACAAUCUAUCAUGCAUCAUGACGUUACCGUCCUAUCAACGUAAAGGUUAUGGCCAAUUCCUGAUUGAUUUCAGCUACAUGCUGUCUCGCAAGGAAGGCAAAGUUGGAACGCCAGAGCGCCCACUUUCGGAUCUUGGACUAUUAAGCUAUCGCAAGUACUGGACUCAAGCUCUCUGUGGUGAGCUAGAAAAGAUGCCUGCUAGUAGUAUUGAAGAGCUGAGUAAAGCAACAUCAAUUGCGGUUGAGGAUAUAGUGUUCACGCUCAGAGUAAAUGGCAUGCUGAGACGGCGGCGGUCAAGUGAGGAUUAUGAUGGUGACGACGACAGCAUUGACUGGGAAAACUGCUAUUACGAAAUUGAAUUGCUCCCAGACCAUCCUUGUUCAGAAAGCAAAAAGAAGCUGCGCCCGGUAGCCAAGAUGGAAUCAUUAACAUGGGUACCGUUCAUGGUUGCAGCAGCGCGUGAUGGAACUCAAGCUGGUGUAUUGAAUGUGCCCCGAGGAGCAUCAGCGACUGCAACGGCUGCAGCAAUGCCAUCACCUGUACGAACAUCACCGCGAAGGAGACGCAAGUCGACAUCUUCAUAUUCAAGUGCAGGUAGUCAACGAAAGCGGAGACGUUGAUUCUAAUACCAUGGCCAACUUUCCAAUAUCUUUCACCUCCACCCUUCAUCCACCUCCUCCUAGUAACUGCUCCCAAUAAAUAUGCUUUUACUAGCGGUCCCUGCCUCGCUUCGCUCCGCGUCAUUCAACGGGAACGCGUCGCAAGGGUAAUCCCUAUAUACAGUCAUUUCAGAAAGUAAUGCCGCUGGAUUAUAAGUUUUGAAUCGUGCCAAAAAUUUCUUUGUUCAACAAUGAUGUCAAUCAUCCAAAAUAAGGUCGUGUUUGGAUUGGAUGAACCUUGUUUAUUUUUGCUGGUCGCUUAAUAAUUGCCAUCUCCCCCUUAUUUAACAGACAUUUAAAAUGAGUAUGCAAUCAAUUAGAAAUUUGGAUAAGAAUAUGGGCAUUGCUAUCAUCAAUAAACUAAGCACUUGUAACGAUGAAGAGUAAACUGGAAAAGAGACAUAGCAAGGUUGAGGGAAGAAAAAGUUGAAGGUUAAU